GUAAUUAAAUUAGUUGUUGUGAGCAACUUUUGUCCAUUAUUCAUUACAAAAUACACAUUAUCGUUCGCUAAUUAAAAAUCAAAGUAUUUGAGAAAUGAGAUUACCAUUUAAUACUUUGGAUCAAAGAAGGCUAAUCGACAUGGCAGCCUCUACCUUUGCAUGGUGGCUGAAGCCCAUCAGCACAACCAGGACGUCAAAGCAGGAGGUGGAGGAGCCACUAAGCCUGGCGACAUGCUUGUUCCACAUGCCACGGCUGAACUGCUGCAUAGUAGCAGUGACUGGGUUUAACACCGCAAUCAAUGUUGACGUUGUUAAGGAAGGACUUAACCAAACUGUUGUUAAGCACCCUCGCAUCUCUAGCAAACUGGUUUUUGAUCCCAAGAACCCCGGGAGACCAAUUGGAUGGAUCCGAACCAAAGUGGACGUGAACAACCACAUUAUAGUCCCAAAUUUGGAUUAUUCGAAUAUGGACUCACCGGAUGAAUUUGUUAAAGACUAUGUUUCAAAUCUUGCUCAAACUCCUAUGGACUUAACCAAGCCAUUAUGGGAAAUUCACAUCCUCAACAUCAAAACUAAGGAUGCUAACUCGAUUGCUGUCUUCCGAAUUCACCAUUCCAUAGGAGAUGGUAUCUCAAUCAUAUCCCUCAUACUCUCGUGUACUCGAAAAACCUCUGAUCCUAAUGCAGUUCCUACACUCCCAACUGAAAAUAAGAAGUUGGUUAACACAAGAAGCUCAUUUAGUUUAUGGGACUACUUCUUGUGGCUAUUGUUUGCUUUCAACAUGUUGUGGAACACUUUCAUAGAUGUAUGCAUGUUUUUGGCCACAAUAGUUUUUCUUAAGGACACCAAAACUCAUCUAAAAGGCUCUUCUGGAACCGAAAAGGCUCCUAAAAAGUUUGUUUAUAGAAUUCUAAGCCUUGAUGACAUCAAGUUGGUCAAGAAUAUCAUGAAUGUGACGAUUAAUGAUGUGGUUUUAGGGAUAACUCAGGCAGGCCUAUCGCGCUACCUUAACAGGAAGUAUUGUGAGUCCAAAGGAGAUGAAGGGGUGCAGAAAAAUAAUUUGCCUAAGCAUAUUUGUAUCAGAUCAUCAAUCCCAAUCAAUGUCAGACCAACUUCCAAGCUUCAGGAUUUAGCAGAACAAAUGGAAACAGACGAUCCCAAUACGAAAAAGUGGGAAUGGGGGAACGCAAUUGGUCACAUCUUCCUUCCCUUCCACAUCGCGCUAAGAGAAGACCCAUUAGAUUACAUACGCAGUGCUAAAGCCACCAUUGGCAAAAAGAAACAUUCUCUUGAAGCAAUUGUCACAUAUAUAUGUGCUGAAAUUGUUCUCAAGUUUCUAGGCCUUGGGGUAGCUGCUGCAAUAACAUACAGAGUCCUAUCCAAUACUACCUUAGGCUUCUCAAAUAUGGUCGGUCCAAUGGAAGAAAUAAGCUUCUAUGGUCAUCCAAUCACAUUCCUUGCUACUAGUGUUUCUGGACACCCACAUGCUUUGACAAUCCAUUUUCAGAGUUACAUGGAUAAGAUGACUUUGGUUAUUGCAGUUGAUCAAAAUGUGAUCCCUGAUCCACAACAACUUUGUGAUGAUAUUGCGGAAUCACUUGGACUUGUAAAGAAGGCAGCUCAAAAGAAGAAGAUCUUCAAGAUUUAGCAUCGAUGUUCUAGUUACAACUUACAAGCCUAAAGUAAUUGAAGAACUAUACCCAUGGAUUUAUUUUGGGAGUAAUAUACAUUAAAAUAAAUGCUGUAUUAUGUGUCAAAAAAAUAUAUAUAUAAAUGCUGUAUUACAUAUAUUUCUUUCAUUUUGCAAUUGGCUAUUGGCAAAUAUGGUUGAAAUUUCAAGGUGAUUAAAUUUGCUUACGACUACAUUUCCAAUUAAGUUAAAAGCUAGAGAUAAUGAAAAGUACAGUUUUUUUUUUUUUUUGUAAAUAAUUUUUCGAUUGUAUAACAGCCAGAUUUCUUAGCAUUAUUUAAUAAUAAUGUAGUUUGAAGUUUGAGAAUGAAUUGAAAAUAAAUUUAAUUUUAACAUCUAGACUUCAUUCUAAACAAAUAAAAUUCAAAUAAAAAAAUUUAAAAUUUUGUUUAUUUGAUACUCCACCAAUAGGUUUCCUGUGAGUCCUUGGAUAAAAGAGGGAGAAUUUCAGCAAGCCCUAGUGCAAAACUUUGUCACACCCCAUUUUUGUCGAUGACCUACACGAAA